GUGGAGACGCAGAUGCUUGCUGCAUCUUCAUCCCAGCAGACCCCCCCCUCCUCUCUCUCUCUCUCUCCGGUGAAGUGGAGGUGAAUCCGUUUUCGUCUCGCCCUCGUCAAACCUACACGGCCGGACUGACUGAGGUUUCGGAUUUUGACCCCGGCUCUUUGAUUCUUGGUGGCGGAGGAAGGAAUUUGAAGGCAGCAGCGAGGGCGGGAGGUGGACGGACGCCGUCACGGAGCACGAGACGCCAACUUCCAGCGUCUGCGUCUGCGGGCAGCGGUGGACCGUUGGAGGACAACCUUCAGCCGUCAGAGAUGGAGUUCCUGGAUGACGUCAUGCUGGCAGAGCUGGACCACCUGCAGCUCUACAAUGAGUCCUUCUUCCAGAACAACCUCAGCAGUCCCUUCAAUGAGACGGACACCCUGCUGCCAACGGGUGUGAAGGUCACCAUAGUGGUUGUCUACAUGAUCGUCUGCGUCGUUGGCCUGGUGGGAAACUUCCUGGUCAUGUACGUUAUCAUAAGAUACACUAAGAUGAAAACAGCCACUAACAUCUACAUCUUCAACCUGGCUCUGGCCGACUCUCUGUUCCUGGCUACGUUACCUUUCCAGGGCACCGACGUGUUUCUGGGCUUUUGGCCAUUUGGGAACGCUCUGUGCAAAGCUGUCGUGUCCAUCGACUACUACAACAUGUUCACCAGCACCUUCACGCUGACGGUGAUGAGUAUGGACCGAUAUGUGGCCGUCUGCCACCCGGUGAAGGCUCUGGACAUGAGGACCCCCCACAAGGCCAAGGUGGUGAAUAUUUGCGUGUGGGUGUUGGCUUCAGCCUUUGGAGUCCCAGCCAUGGUGCUGGGAAAUGUGGAGGAGGAACGUGAGCACAACAGUGUUGAAUGUAUCGUGGUGUUGCCUGAUCCAAGGAGCUACUGGGAAUCCGUCUUCGGCACCUGCGUCUUCCUCUUCUCCUUCCUCAUCCCUGUGGCCAUCAUCAGCAUCUGCUACAGCCUGAUGGUCAAGCGUCUGCGCAGCGUCCGCAUCCUGUCCGGCUCCAAGGAGAAGGACCGCAACCUGAGGCGCAUCACCAGGAUGGUGCUGGUGGUGGUGGCAGCCUUCGUGGUGUGUUGGACGCCCGUCCAGAUCAUGGUCCUGGCCCAGUCGCUCGGCUUCAACCUGAGCAGCCUGUUCACGCUGAUCCUGGUGCACUUUCUCAUUGCUCUGAGCUACGUGAACAGCAGCUUGAACCCGGUGCUCUACGCCUUCCUGGACGAGAACUUCAAGCGCUGCUUCCGUGAGUGCUGCCACCCGUCGCCAUUCCGCCUGGACACGCAGCAGUCAGGCCGCAUGAGGAGCAUCGCCAGAGAGGUGGCGGCCGCCUACAGCUGCAGGCCCGGAGACUGCGGGGGGCCGGGGGGGGGCACGCCCAAUCCAGCAUGACUAGGCGUGGAGCUGCCUUUGGUGGGGGUGGACCCCACGCAGAGGGGAGAGACGCAUGGGAGCAGGAGCUCCAACACAGAACUGACUCUGAUCACAGCCCUCUAGCGGCACGAUCCCUCCCACCCUCCAACUAGAAGACUGGCUUGGGGUGGGGGGGACAAAGACGAAGAGUAUGGGGUGGAGAGGAAGAGAAUUUAAAAUGAAGGGUGAUUGUUGCGAACAGGCCCACAGGUCCAUGCAGCGAAUCCACUGGAAGCUCAGGCCACCGAGGAUUCAGCACCUUCCAGUGAGACAGCAGCAUGCGUUUCAUAGAAACCUUAGGACCCGAUGGAGAAGCUAAACAUCUGGACGUGAAUGUAAAGUCAGAAUGUGUUGUUUUCUGGCACAGACCAGAUGUGGACGUUCCACUUCCACCUGAUGAUGCCUGACUCCUGGCUUGGAUGGAAACACAUGAAGAGCUGCAGAAACCAAAUGUACGACACCACCAUCAUUUCUUAAAGCGAAUAAAAAAAAAAGUACCAACAACUUUCUCUGAAAGUCACAGUUGACAUCUUCACUGCAGCUCAUUUAAACUUUAUCACUUGAAGUAACUUUUGGAGGCAGUGGAUCCUCAUUUUAGUUAGUUUGUUUGGUGAUGGUUCCUGUAAAAACACGACGGCAUUGUGCUGCUGAGCCUUUAUCAUGAUAUCUAUAAAUGCGUCUCAUGAAUGUUCUUCUUAUUAUUGCUGCUGUUUUUGCUGUGUUUUAAGACAAAAUGACUGGGUCUAGACAUGAAUUUCAUACUGAACUGUUCAACGGUUCCUGAAUCUUACAGACGUGACAUUUUUAAAUUGCA